AUGGCCUCAAAUUCAGUCUCGUUUGUGGCUAAUCCGCAAACUCCUAACAAAUACAAAUAUGCUUCGAAUGAGUUAUCCACCGUGUCUUCCACUUCGUCUUUGCUCUCAGCGGGUUCACCGAUGAUUAACCAGAACACGGACUUAGCACGCUUAGGUUCUUUGCCCUUCCGUUCUGGAAAUUCUAGGGGCAAGACGCAAAAUGGUGAUUUCUUUAGGACGCGCGCCUCAAGGGCCUCUAACUUGGAAGACGACGAUGCCUACAACAUCAGCGAUGUGGGCCAAGAGGGUGUGGACCCUCAACACCGCGAGAGUUUUUCUUCCGGCGGUCUAGAUUCGUCUAGUGAAUGGAUCCUAUUUUCUCCGGGCCCUUCAGAAACGGGAAAGCCCGCAGAGGACCCUUAUUACGACGACGUUUUGAGCACUUCUUUAGAGAAGACCUCUACACGGGAUGCCAACGAUGAGAGUUUUGUUGAUGUACAAGACGAAGGGGACGAUGAUGACUCUUUGAUUGAAGACCUCCAGGAACAUAUUAAUUUUGACAUACCUUAUAGAAAAGAGGAUCUGAACUCUCGAAUCGAUAACUGGCGCAAACAGCAGGUUUCCAUUCUUCUUAAGGAUCUUGCUGGAGACGAGAGUGAACUGGAUGAUGACACAAUCGAGCUCAUCAAGGCCUGGGGGAUUGACGACACUGGAUCGGGAGAUAUCUACCAGAACAUAUGGCUACAGCAAAUACCUGUUAUGGAGACGCAUUAUGGUGACGGCGUACUGAAGAGCUAUUCAAAGGAAGAACUCAAAGUGCUCAGGCAAAUAUUGGUCAAGCUUUCUGGCUCUUUGAGGAGGACCGUUAAGUCCAAAUAUGUCAAACCACAGUUUAGCCAGGCGCCAACGAGAACAACUUCGAUGGCGACAAUCACCGAAGCUUACACGAAUACAGCCAAGAAUCGGGACCCGGAUCAGUUCAUGAACAACAAAAGCCUUCAAAAAUACAUACCCUAUUUUUUGAAAAACCUCAUCAUCACUUCAGACUUGCUGCCACAGUUUGAGCGCUUUGAUGACGAUGACGCAAGCGAAGAUGAGGGAGAGAAAUCAAACACAGAGGAUGGACCUAUGGCCCCCUAUGUUGCGGCUCGCAAAGAAAGCAUAAUAUCUAAUUUUUCCGAGGGGACCAGAAUACGAGCAAGUGAUGGCGGACGCCGGAGAAGCAAAGGGCUUGUCAGGCGCAACAGCAGCGAUAAUUUUUGGGACACAUCUGACCUAAAGAGUGUCAAUUCAAGUAUAUUGACAUACUCGACAGGCAGCAUUGUAGGGUUUUAG